AUGGAGCAAAGUCUCGGUAUAAUGGACGGCAAGUGGAACCGAGCCAUCAGGGUCCAGGAUCUUGAUUUCGGUAACCUGCAUGCUACGGUCUUCAAGUUUGUUGAAGGUCAGGCUGUUGCUCAUGAGUUUGCCGAAGGGGCGUCGCCUUUGCCCUCAAAUGUCAAGGCCUUGGUUGACGAUCUCACCAAGGAAUUCUCCCUCUACCUUGGGAUCCAUGGGUUGAGCGACCAUAUUGCUCUAGAGCAUGGGGACUUCAGUGAUAAUGACCUAGAACCCCUGACGGAGGUCGAUUUCGACGGCGUUGGCACAAUUGUGUUACCGCAGUCUCAAGUGAGCAGUGGAGCCAAGAUUGUCACUUCAUGGAUCGUCCCUCCAGUCAAUCAUUUCCCCGACAACCCUCCUCCAGGACAAACAUGGGCCCCGAUGGUUAAUGAGUCCCACAAGGUGUUCCAGAACAACAUGGGGAACCGGCCUAAGGUCACCACUCCGGAGCAGGUAAUGGAAGAGCAUUUUUGUCAGGGUAUUGUCAACAAGACUUGA